AUGGCGGGUGAAAAAGGCGAGAAGCCUUACACGAAGAAGAACCAAGAAGGCUGGUGGUGCUGCUGCUGCCUCUGGUGCCCCGGCUGCUGGUGCAGGUACUCCCGAUCUGCGAUGUAUUCCAGAAAGGCCUUGUUUAAAAGGAAACGCUCAGCUUCAAAGUCCAAGGUUGAGAAGAAGAAGAAGGAAAAGGAAAAGGUCCUUGCUACCAUCACAAAAGCAGUCUGUGGUGACAAGAAUGGUGGUGCCCGAGUGGCGAAGCUUCAAAAAAUGCCUAGGUACUAUUGUACUGAAGAGGUGUCUCAGAAGCUGCUGAGCUAUGGCAAAAAGCCCUUCAGUCAGCACGUGAGAAUGCUUCCUGUCAGCAUCACUCCUGGGACCACCCUGAUCAUCCUCACUGGGCACCACAGGGGCAAGAGAGUGGUUUUCCUGAAGCAACUUGGAAGCAACUUGCUGCUUGUGACUGGACCUCUUGUCCUCAACAGAGUUCCUGGGCGCAGAGCACACCAGCAGUUUGUCAUCGCCACCUCUACAAAAGCUGAUAUCAGGAAGGUUAAAAUCCCCAAACACCUGAGUCAUGACGCUUACUUCAAGAAGCAUCUGAGCAAGCCCAGGCACCAGGAGGGUGAGAUCUUUGACCCAGAGAAGGAGGCAUACAAGAUGACAGAGCACCCUGAUCAGAAAACUGUGCACCCGCAGAUUCUGCCAAAGAUCAAAGCGGCUCCUCAGCUGCAGGCUUGGUCCCCAGUUGACGAGGGGGAACUUUUGCAUGUCAAGCCCGACUGCAGGAAGUUGGGUCACGAGGUGUACAUCAUUGGAGGGUGUGUUAGGACCCAGGUCUCCCAACUUUUGCUUCUCAGCUUCCAUGAGCCGAGGACUGACGCGCCGUUCCCAGGAGUCACGCGUCCCGGUCCCGAUGAGCCGCGACUGAGGUUCGCGGCAGCUUCAUCCUGGGUGCGGGGUAUUGGGGGGGCCUCGGCCGCGGCGGCGCCUUCCCGGGUAGCACGGCUCGGGGUCUCCGGACGCGGGCCCGUGGCGCUCGUGGGCUCUGCGAGAGCCCGAGAGGGCGCCGCCGCCCCCUACUCCACGCGCGUCGCAGGUCGGGCCCACGCGGGCGACCCUCCGCCCCUAGCCUUGGGACUGCAGGGUCUGGGAGCUGCGGGCACGCACGCACAUUUUCUGCGGUGA